AUGGCUAAGAGAACAAAGAAGGUCGGUAUCACAGGUAAGUACGGUGUGCGUUACGGUUCUUCUCUAAGAAGACAGGUUAAGAAGUUGGAAAUCCAACAGCACGCUCGUUACGACUGUUCCUUCUGCGGUAAGCAAACCGUCAGAAGAGGAGCUGCCGGUGUGUGGACCUGUGGUUCUUGUAAGAAGACCGUCGCUGGUGGUGCUUACACCGUCUCAACUGCUGCUGCAGCUACCGUCAGAUCUACCAUCAGAAGACUGAGGGACAUGGCUGAGGCUUAA